AUGGAGUACUUGGAAGGUGGUGUAAACCUAUAUGCUGACAAUGCGCUCGAUGAUACAGAGCUCGACGAAACAGAAUCGUCUGAGAGAAUCCUGGAAAUAAUGUUUCAGCAUUGGAAGGAAGAGGAAAUCCAACAGGAUACACUCGAUAUGGUUUUAAAAAUAAUGGCAUAUUCCCAGCUGAUAGAAUUCUUCUACUCUGACAAGGGCUCAGAAAGGACACUUGAUGAAUGUAUUUUGUCAUCCCUCAUCAAUCCAGCUCUCUUUCAAACUCAAGAAAUUCAAUAUACCUGGAAACCAAGACUUAAGAUAGCAUUGGAACUGGACCGUUUGGGGGUUGCGAUAGAGAAGAUUUUGGAUGGCGCAAAGUGGACACCCAAAGAAAUGGCGCCUUUUGUAAAGAGCUCAUUUCUGAAAAAUAAAGUGGACUUUCUACGGAUGUUUGCUGAUGUUGGCUUUGAAAUUCAUGAGUUUGCUACUGCCAAGGCAGUGGAGGAACUAUACUCGGUUGAGGCCCAUCGAAACGUAUGUUCCGCCACAGUCUCUUAA